GUGCGUCCGGUCAUUAAUAGCGAUCGCACACAUUCAGUGGUUGUUGUGGCAACCGCUUAGAGCGUCAGCGCGGCAAACAAACGAAAAAUAAGUUCGAUUAUAUUGUAAAAUAGGUCUUUUUGAGAUGUAAACAUAUUUAUCAAAUGUUUUUCAGAGAGACAAUAGUUUUUGUCAUGAUUUAUCUAUAUAUUAAAUAGUAUCUUCAUGCUAAGUUCGCCCCUUGUCAGUAAUUUUAGCUCAGCUGUUCUAGCUGUUUAAUGUAGCUUUGCGACGUUGCGCGGUAUUCAAUAACUAGUAGCUUUAGCUUUCGUUAACUAGCAACUGCUUAUUUCUUUAUAUUCAUCUAUACUAGCUCUAUACUUGGUCCAACGCGAGACAAACAGUGCUAAUAUGUCGGCUGUCAGCAGUCUUGUUCCUGCUCGGUUUCUCACCAUCAUAGCUCAUCUUGUCAUCGUUAUCACCAUCUUUUGGUCAAGGGAAAAUAAUGUGAAAGCUUGUUUACCUUUGGAUUUUACCCAAGAGGAGUAUGAAACUGAGGACAAAAAGUUGUUGGUGGCACUGGGAGUCACCCUAGGUCUGUUUGCAAUAGAGCUGGCUGGUUUCUUUUCAGGAGUGUCCAUGUUCAACUCCAGCCAAAGUCUUCUUUCCACAGGAGUCCAUGCCAGUGCCUCAGUGGCUCUCCUUUUCUUUCUCUUUGAGCAUUGGGAGUGUGACAUCUACUGGUGGAUCCUUGCAUUCUGCAGUGGGAAUGCUGGACAUAUUGGGUGAUCUUUGCCUGCUGCAGUGUCCUACCAGCCUUCGUGGAGGUUCUUCUGUUCAUAGCAGUUUUUGGACUGAAGAAGAAACCCUUAUAAAAACGAUGGGACAUUAAAAAGUGUUGCUUUUGUUUUGUUUUUGACAGCAUUAGUUCUGUUUUGAGUCAAGCUGGCAGAGGAUAUGUGACAUAUACAGUAAUGGUCUGAAAAUAAUUAUUUAGACUGAAGUAUUAAAAAUAGUUGCUUUUUUAAACCUUUGUAUGUUACAUAACCUGUUUUUGUAUUUUUCUAUUUUUAAUUAAAUUUAAAGUAAUUAU